GGGAAAUCAAACGGCUGGAAUCCUUGGCGCCCUUCGCCGACUCUUCGCCCGCGGGAGUCGCUGCUUUAUCCUGCAGCGGGAUGCUUACCUCGCCCGCCCCCUCGGGUCAGGCGGCCCCCGGCGUGUGGGACGGUGGCUGCUGAACAGGAGCCUCGUCGGCCAUCUGACAGACUGCCUAGAGGUCCCUGUGACUUAAAUCCUGAUUCAGAGAUGCAGAAAGCAAGCUCGUCUUCUACCAUCUCUGACCAGCAGCUACAGAGGCAAGAGGGGCUGAGAAACACCAAAACAGACUUGGCUGAGCAGAAUUUCAUCUCAUCUGAGAAAUGGCUUCAACUGCAUGGGCUUAAGAGCAACAAAUUGACCUUGAAACAGAUUUUGUCACAGAUCGGAUUCCCACAUUGUGAAGAUUAUGUGACAUCUCUGGGGAGACUUGUGGCUUCUCGGUAUGCUGAUGGCCUGUUUCCACAGCUCUGUAGAGCAGAAGAUGGCAGAGUCUACAAUCUGACAGCUAAGUCAGAACUGAUCUAUCAGUUUGUGGAAUGUUUAACACAAGCCGUGGAGAGCUACAAGCAGCGGAUGGAAUGGCUCACCAGCAGAAGCCGGCAGAUUUUUGGUGUCAUCUUGGAACAGUGCAUCACCAUAGUGCUGGAUUUUGGUGGCAUUCUGGAGGGGGAGGUUAAUUUGUGCCAAGACGCGCUAAUCAUGGUCCUCCAGGAGCAGGUGGCUCACAUAACCAAGUUCAAUAUCAUACAGGUUUCUCAAGAGCCUGUGAAAUGGCAGGAAGAUGCUACUCCUGUGACUGAACAGUCCAUAGCCGCUGCCAUCAGCUGGGUUGAGACACUGACUUUUGAGGUGACUGUGAGUGAAGUUAGCCGCUUGCAUGCUCUGCUGGAAGCUGGGAAAGACAAAGCCAUCGAAUCCAUUUACUACUUUGUGGUGGGGGACGUUCCUGAAGAAUCCAAGGAGCUUCUCCUCCAGAGGGCUUUGGAGAUCCCAUAUCCAAUCUACACAGUGUCCUUCAAUGCCAGAGGAGAAAGCACUAUAGCUUUCCUGAAGGAUCUGAGUGCCAAAACCCAUAGCAGAUUCCACGCAUUUGCCGAGAGAACCGACUGUGCAGAAUCUCCUGCAUUUCCCGCCGAGGAUGGCGACAGUGCGAUUACUGGGAAUUCAAGGAAACUGAAAGGAAAACAACCUCCAGGUACCUGGAAUCCAAAAGAAGCAGUGCAGUUUGUAUCCUUAAUGACCUCGGGUGAUCCACAUAGCUAG